ACGGACGGACACAUCGAUUAUAAUAUAUUGUUCUAAUACACCAAGCGCAUCGUUCGAAACUGCAACGGACUGUUUAAACAAAAAUUGCCUCGGCAAAGUUGUCGUUCGAGCUCGUGUUUUGUAACGUGCGUUUGAAACGAACAUUUCUCUCUCUCUCUUUGUUGUUGGUGAAAAAAAUCGAACCCUCGCGCUAAGCUGACUUAUCCGUCGGUUUCUGCGUCGUCGAGUAACGUAAUAAUCGCGAUAGGCAUCUGUUAAAUCGAAUGAAAUUCCGUGACAGUGUGUCCUCGUAAAACAGCUCGAAGGAAUCUCGAACGGCGAAUAGAUAGGAAAAAUUGUUGCAUCGAGGUGCGAGUUGCGUCCGCAACGCGGAUUGCCUCUGUACUCUUUCUGCGUCGAGUAAGUGUGUGGAUCGAUAAGACGGACUGCAGAGUGAGUUGCAAAAAAGAAAAGAAGAUACAAAAAAAUAGUGCCGCAACGAGGCCGACCCUGUGGGUUUUUUUUUCUCUCGCAGACGCCACACGACUCAUCCAUUGUCAUCGAGAAUAAACAAGGAGUACCAAGUAUGAGUUACGGUGAGCCGUGGUCUCUACCGAAGAAACAGGGUCUGUACGAUCCGUCACUCGAGCAUGAAGCUUGCGGCGUUGGCUUCAUCGUCGCCAUCGAUGGAAAACGAUCCCACAAAAUAGUCCGAGAUGCGGAGAAAUUGUCGGCGCGUAUGCACCACAGAGGUGCUUGCGCCUGCGACAACGACACGGGCGACGGCGCCGGUGUGCUCUGCGCAAUACCACAUCAGUACUAUGCCGAUGAACUCAGCCAGCGCGGUAUCGAUCUGCCGGAAUUCGGCUGCUACGCGACUGGUAUCCUCUUCCUCGACAAAAAGACUCACGCAGAAGCCGAGGCGGCCUUCGAAAAAAUCGCCAAGGAAUGCGACCUGCAAGUAAUUUGCUGGCGCGACGUACCGACGGACAACUCUCAUCUCGGUCAGGUAGCCAAGAAAUGCGAGCCAUACAUGCGCCAGGUCUUUGUCACCGGCAGUCAACCCACCGAAGAGUUGAAAAGGCAGGUAUUCGUGUUGCGAAAGAAAUCAUCGCACGCUAUCUCCAAGCCCGGCUUGAGGUACUACGUCUGUUCUUUGUCGCUGAAAACCGUCGUUUACAAAGGACAACUCACGGCCGAUCAAUUGUGGUCUUAUUUCACCGAUUUAAAGUCGCCAAAAUUCGAAACUUACCUGGCGCUGGUUCACACGCGCUUUUCCACAAAUACAUUCCCAAGCUGGGAACGAGCGCAUCCGCUGAGACUGCUUGCUCACAAUGGCGAGAUUAACACCCUGCGUGGUAACGUGAAUCUGAUGAAGGCUCGCGAAGGUGUCAUGCGCAGCGAAUUGUUCGGCGAUAAGCUCAAGGAACUCUAUCCUGUCGUCGAGCCUAAUCUAUCGGAUUCCGGCUCGGCCGAUUGUGUACUCGAAUUUCUUGUGAUGGCUGGUCAACGAUCAUUACCGGAGGCUGUGAUGACUAUGGUACCGGAAGCUUGGCAAAACGAUUUGACCAUGGCUGCAGAGAAACGCGACUUUUACCAUUGGGCUGCUUGUGUCAUGGAGCCGUGGGAUGGACCUGCAUUGCUUACCUUCACCGAUGGCCGUUACGUCGGAGCCAUACUUGACAGAAACGGCCUGCGCCCGUCGCGCUUCUACGUCACUAAGGAUAACAUGAUGGUGAUGGCGUCCGAAGUGGGCGUCUAUGACACUCCUCCCGAGAAUGUUGUCCUCAAGAGUCGCUUGAAGCCUGGAAGAAUGUUACUGGUCGAUACAGAAGAAAAACAAAUCAUUGGGGAUGUUGAAUUGAAACUUAAAAUUGCUCGUAGCAGGCCGCAUUCGCUAUGGCUAAAGAAUCAGAUGGUAACCAUGGAUCACUUGCGACAAGAUCAUAAGAGCAAAGAACUAACUAAUGGCGUAGCUCCUGAAGUAAAUGGACAUGCUCUCGUUAAGAAAAAUGGUAUCACCGAACAAGACGGAAUAUCCGCUGUCAACCGUGUAUGGAGCGGUGACAAGAGAAUCGCAUUGUUCGGCUACACUCUUGAAACUAUUAACUUACUCUUGCUGCCGAUGAUUCAAACGAAAAAAGAGGCACUUGGAUCCAUGGGCAACGAUGCUCCGUUGGCUUGCUUAUCCGAAUUUCAACCUCUGAUCUACGAAUAUUUCAAGCAACUAUUCGCCCAGGUAACAAAUCCACCGAUCGAUCCAUUCAGAGAGAAAAUCGUCAUGUCCCUUCUGUGCCCAAUUGGUCCAGAGAGCAACAUCUUGGAACCCGACGAGUCCUACGUGCACCGUCUGUUUCUCAAGCAUCCUAUUCUAUCGUUGGAUGAUCUUGAAGUAAUUAAACAUACUCAGUACGACGGGUGGAAGACAAAAAUUAUCGACUGCACUUACUCAAAAACGCUUGGACCUAAUGGUUUGCUUGAGACACUCGACCGAGUGUGCAAAGAGGCUGAUGAAGCAGCUACCGGUGGCUAUCAGUUCAUCGUACUUUCAGACCGUCAGGCUGGCCCUGAAAGAGUUCCAGUGAGUAUACUUCUGUCACUUGGAGCCGUUCAUCAUCAUCUGAUUGAAUGUAGAUCUCGAAUGAAAGUUGGAAUCAUUCUGGAAACUGGCGAAGCACGAGAAGUUCAUCACAUUUGUGUAUUACUCGGUUAUGGUGCUGACGCUAUUUGUCCGUAUUUGGUAUUUGAAAUGGCCAGAAAUUUGCGAAUUGAUCACGUUAUAGACAAGUCGAAAACCGAUGAGGCUAUAUUUAUGGCAUAUUCAGAGGCCAUGGAAAGAGGAAUUUCUAAAGUUAUGGCUAAGAUGGGAAUUUCAACUUUACAAUCUUACAAGGGGGCCCAGAUUUUCGAAGCUGUUGGUCUUGCUGACGAAGUUGUUGAAAAGUGUUUUAGAGGAACCUGCUCUCGAAUUGGUGGUGUAAACUUUGAUAUUUUGGCUCGCGAAGGAUUUGCUCGUCACCGUAUGGCUUACUGGGAUGAUAGCUUCGACACGGUUGUAAUUAAUAACCCUGGAAUCUAUCAUUGGCGCGCAGGUGGCGAAAAGCACAUAAACGAUCCACGCAGCAUCGCUGCCUUGCAGGAAUAUGUCAACUCUAAAAAUUGGAGCGCUUACGAGAACUACCGUAAAGUUUCGAUGGAAGUUGUGCAGGCCUGUACCCUUCGUGGUCAGCUAGAAUUUGUCAAGAACAAGACGGCAGUCGAUUUGAAUCUUGUUGAGCCUGCUUCUGAAAUCGUUAAGCGGUUUGCCACUGGAGCCAUGAGCUUCGGUAGUAUUUCUUUGGAAGCCCAUCAGACCCUGGCUAUCGCCAUGAAUCGUAUUGGUGGAAAAUCCAAUACCGGCGAGGGAGGAGAGAAUGCAGAUAGAUACCUAAAUCAAGAUCCGCAAUUCAAUCGACGAUCGGCUAUCAAGCAGGUUGCUAGUGGUCGUUUCGGUGUAACAUCAAGUUAUUUAGCCAACGCUGAUGACUUACAAAUCAAAAUGGCUCAAGGGGCAAAGCCUGGUGAAGGUGGCGAACUACCUGGUUAUAAAGUUACUUCUGACAUUGCUGCUACAAGACAUUCGGUUCCCGGAGUCGGCUUGAUAUCUCCACCACCUCAUCACGAUAUUUACUCUAUCGAAGAUUUGGCUGAAUUGAUUUACGAUCUAAAGUGCGCUAAUCCCAAUGCGAGAAUAUCUGUGAAACUUGUAUCCGAGGUUGGAGUUGGUGUUGUUGCAUCAGGUGUGGCAAAGGGUAAAGGUGAACACGUUGUCAUCUCCGGUCACGAUGGUGGUACCGGGGCCAGCAGCUGGACUGGUAUCAAAUCGGCUGGUUUGCCGUGGGAAUUGGGAGUUGCUGAGACCCAUCAAAUUCUCACGCUUAAUAAUUUACGAUCACGUAUGAUUGUCCAAGCUGACGGUCAAAUGCGUACUGGUUUUGAUAUCGUCGUGGCAGCGCUUCUCGGUGCUGAUGAAUUUGGUCUCAGUACAGCUCCACUUAUUGCCAUGGGAUGUACUAUGAUGCGAAAAUGUCAUUUAAAUACUUGUCCAGUUGGUAUAGCCACACAAGAUCCACACUUGAGGAAGAAAUUUGCUGGAUCACCUGAGCACGUGAUAAAUUUCUUCUUUGCUCUGGCCGAGGAAGUCCGUACGAUCAUGGCUUCUCUGGGUAUCACCAAAUUCCAAGAUCUCAUUGGUCGCACUGACCUGCUGAAAAUUCGCGAAGAUCUCAAAUCAGAAAAGGCCAAGACUCUAGAUUUGUCUAAUGUAUUGCGCAGUGCGUUGGAUUUGAGACCUGGUGCCAACAUCAAAGGUGGCUCCAUCCAGCAAGAUUUUCAACUGGAGCAACGACCUGACAACGAAUUGAUAAAACUUGUUAAACCUGUUCUCGAACGCGAAACCGAUAGUGUUUCCAUUGAAAUGACCAUUAACAAUGAAACUCGUGCAUUCGGAUCUACCCUCAGCUAUCACAUCUCAAAGAGGUACGGUGAAGAAGGUCUUCCCGAUAACAGCGUGAACAUCAAGCUAAAAGGCUCUGCUGGACAGAGUUUCUGUGCUUUUAUGACCAAGGGUGUAAGCGUAGAGUUGGAAGGUGACGCUAACGAUUAUGUCGGCAAAGGUCUCUGUGGCGGUGAAAUUGUCAUUUAUCCACCGAAAAAUUCAGAAUUCAACUCUCAGGAUAACGUAAUCGUUGGCAACGUCUGUCUUUACGGUGCAACUUCGGGACGAGCCUUCUUCCGUGGUAUUGCUGCUGAGCGAUUCAGUGUGCGCAACAGCGGUGCUGUCGUAGUUGUCGAAGGAGUUGGCGAUCAUGGUUGCGAAUACAUGACUGGUGGUACCGCUCUUAUUCUCGGUCUUACUGGACGUAACUUUGCAGCAGGCAUGUCAGGAGGUAUUGCCUAUGUACUAGAUGUUGAUGGAUCUUUCAGGAGCAAGUGUAACCCAGAAAUGGUGGAGCUUUUGCCCUUGAAUAAAAAGGAAGAUAUCGACUUUGUACAAGAAUUACUUGAAGAAUUUGUGCGUAAAACUGGAUCAUUAAUCGCAAAAGAUUUGUUGGAUAUAUGGCCAGAACCAAUUCAUAGGUUCUUCAAGGUGUUCCCUUACGAGUACCAGCGAGCUUUGAACCAAUUGAAACAAGAGGAAGAAGAUACAAAAACUAAAACUAUAUUGCCAUUAGAACCUGAACCUGAUACUAUUGCUGUUCCUAACGGAAAUGGACAAUCUGUCAUCGAUAUUGAGGAUGUUGUCGCUGACCCAGUAGUGGCGCAAAAGAAACUUGAUAAAAUAAAAGGAUUUAUGAAAUACAAACGUCAAACUGGACAUUACCGUCCAGUAGAGAAGCGCAUGGAAGACUGGAAAGAAAUUUAUAAUUUCCAAGGCGUGAGAAAGGGGCUAAAAACUCAAGCUGCAAGGUGCAUGGAAUGCGGAGUUCCGUUCUGUCAAAGCAGUCAUGGAUGUCCUCUUGGAAAUAUUAUUCCAAAAUGGAAUGACUUGGUGUACCAGGAUAAUUGGAAAGAAGCUUUGAAUCAACUUCUUCAAACUAACAACUUCCCUGAAUUCACUGGUCGAGUAUGUCCUGCACCUUGCGAGGGUGCUUGUGUAUUGGGAAUUUCCGAACCUGCCGUAACGAUCAAGAAUAUCGAAUGUGCCAUCAUUGAUCAUGCUUUCGAGCAAGGAUGGAUCGUAGCUAAUCCACCGGCUAACAGAACGGGUAAGAAGAUCGCUAUUAUUGGUUCAGGGCCAGCAGGUCUUGCAGCAGCUCAUCAGCUUAACAAAGCCGGCCAUUUAGUCACUGUCUAUGAGAGAAACGAUCGCGUCGGAGGCCUCUUACAGUACGGCAUUCCGACAAUGAAAUUGUCCAAAGAGGUUGUACAGAGGCGAGUCAAUUUACUUGCCGAAGAGGGCAUUACUUUCAAGACUGGAGUCAACGUUGGACGAGACAUUACAACUACAGAGUUAAAAGAGUCGCAUGAUGCUGUUUUAAUUUGUACUGGAGCAACAUGGCCAAGAGAUCUGCCUAUUCCUGGACGUGAUUUGAAUGGUAUACACUUCGCAGUUAGCUUCCUCGAGCAUUGGCAAAAGAAACAGAUGGGCAAUAAGACUCCGCUGAACCCAGCGCUAAUGGCGAAGGGCAAAAAUGUUAUCAUUAUUGGAGGUGGAGACACAGGUUGUGAUUGCAUCGCUACAUCGUUACGACAUGGUGCUAAAUCGAUCGUUACAUUCGAAAUUUUACCUGAACCACCAAAACAAAGAUCAGACGAUAAUCCUUGGCCACAGUUCCCAAGAAUCUUUAAAAUGGAUUACGGUCACGAAGAAGUGGUUCACAGGUUCGGCGAAGAUCCUCGCAAAUUCAGCACGCUUAGCAAGGAAUUUUUGAAUGACGGUAAGGGUAACGUUAGCGGUAUCAGAACAGUUAAUGUUCAAUGGACGAAAGAUGAAGCUGGUCGAUGGAAAAUGGAUGAAGUUCCUAAUUCUGAAAAGGUGUACAAAUGUGAUUUGGUGUUGCUUGCUAUGGGUUUCUUGGGUCCUGAAAAGUACGUAGCAGAAGAACUGUCAACAAAAAUGGACGGACGUGGAAAUUUCGAAACGCCAGCUGGCAAAUAUGCAACCAGCAUACCUGGAGUAUACGCUGCUGGAGAUUGUCGAAGAGGCCAAUCUCUUGUUGUGUGGGCAAUCACCGAAGGGCGGCAAGCAGCUCGUGAAGUGGACUUGGCCUUAAUGAAAACAACUUGUCUGCCUGUUGUUGGAGGAGUGGUUCGAACAGAUAUAAACGAAAUCUAAUCGUAAUCUUCCAAGAAUAGAUUUUACAUAAACGCACUAUAUAUACAAUAUUUAUUGAACCCUCAAUGAGGAAACAAAAAUUUUGAGAUGUAGAUAUUUUUUGCAGUUUGCAAGAUCUGAUUAUAUUAUAUAUACUAUACGCGAGAAUGCUAAAGAUUGUUUGUAGAGAAAAGAUUAGCAUUGAAUAAUUUUAUCGAAAAAAGCUUUUUUAAUUAUUGCGAUAAUGAGCACUCCAAUGAAUGAAUUACAUAUUUUUAAUGUGUACAUUAGUUUAUGUUGAAUUUGAGUAGACAAUGAAAACUUACUUUAUUACCGCAUCGUAUUCUUUUUAAAAUAUUUAAAUGAAAAAUAUACAUAUGAAUAUAUAUUAUUAAUUGUGUCUAUUACGUCACUGCAAUGACUCUUUUUGCUGCAAACAUUUAACGACAUUAGGUUCAUGAAAUAUCUAAAUGCUCGUAAACUACAAUCCGAUAUAUACAAUGAAAUAUUUGAACGUAUAGGCUUCGAUAUCCGUCAAUAUUAUUAUUACAAAGCUUUUGCAUUCCUUGAUUUUAACAAAAUUGGACUCUACGUUUGAGAUAAUGGCAUAGUUACUAUAAUAUGUAAAUGCUAGGGGAUAUAAAUUGUCUUUCCCUUGCAUAAAGCAAGUGAGAACGAUGUACGAUAUUUAUGGCAAUUACACUUUCAUAUUGUUGCCUAAUUAAAUAUCAGUGUGAUGGCAAUUAAAGCAUAUAAUCAAAGCAAAAUGUCAACUUCAGAAAAUUUAAAAAAAAACAAUGAAAAAAUUUCAAUGUUUAUGAACAAGGCUGGUGAAACGUUCGUCCAUGCGUUGUUAAUUACAAAUUAUAAUGUAUAGUGAGCUGCGUGUUUGUUAAUAAAUAUUUAUAAUUAUUACUUAAACGUCAAUCGAUAGCUUGAAACAAUACUACUUAUGCAAUAAGUUUUAAGCGCAAUGCUAUUAUAUAUUAACUAAUACUGAAAACAUUGAGAAAAAUGCCUGAUUGUAUUGAUGAAAAAUAUUUAUUUUUCGGAGAAGAAAUUCUUCUGUGAAUUUUAAAGAGUGUUAAGAAAGGAUGAAAUUGUAAACGAAGAGCCAAUAUCUUCUUCACAAUGCACUAAAGCUCCCAUCAUUAAAUAGCAUUGGAUUCAAGAGUACAUAGUCAAAUUAAAGUAGGGGUCAGAAAUAAAUGAACGUUGUACCCGGCUUGUGAAAUGUCAGUAUGAUUACAUUUCUUUCUACAUUUUUUAAAUAUGUUUUCGUUAUUUCUUAGAAUUUUAUCUUAAGUAAGUUAGCCGUAUGGGACAAAAUGUUUCUUAUAUAAUUUCAUGUACUACACUAAGACACAUGUUAAUGGAGACAUAAAUAGUUGUGUGAUAAAAACCUAGUAGAAUUUUGGUAGUUAAGUUACACUUAUCUUAUUUAUUUCUUUACAAGAAGAAAUAUCUUUGUUAACUGAACAAUUGUUUUUUUAAUAAUGUCAUUUGUAAUAAUACAAACGAUUUUCAUGCGUAUAAUAAGAGGAAACCUAACAAGACAAUAAAUUAUAUUAUAUGUUUCAAUUAAAA